GCCUUUCACUGUAACAACAAUUCCCGCCUUUUGCAGAGAGAGAGAGAGGAUCGUCGAUGGAGGUUACCGCUGUGAGUAUUGUAGAGGAGAUUAAGGCCAUGGACGGAGGCAAUAACGCCAAAGAUGACAACAACCUUGUUGUUCUGGAGCUUUCUGCGGAUGGAGAUCAAGAUGGCAAGAUCGUUUCUGGUACUGCUACUGAGUCGUUCAGAAGAAGAAGGAGCCGAAUUCAAGUCUCCAACACCAAGAAACCCUUCUUAUUCUACCUCAAUCUUGCCAAGAGGUACAUCAAGCAGUACAAUGAUGUGGAGCUCUCUGCCUUGGGGAUGGCUAUUCCUACUGUUGUCACAAUAUCUGAGAUUCUGAAAGAAAAUGGACUGGCAACUCAGAAAAAGAUCGAGACCUCUACAAUUCGCUCAAAGGAGGAUGAUAAAGGCCGCCUGAUUACAAAGGCUAAGAUUGAGAUUGUGCUUGAAAAGGUUGCCGAGGAAUUUGAGGAGCCCGCUGAUGCAAUAGUAGGCUGCUGCUGAAGUCUCAAGUAGUUGUACCCCUAGUCUGAUGUUCAUAUGAUAGUUUUGUAGUCAUACUUGCUCUCUGUCAAAGAUACAAUAAGCAAGCCAGUAGAGUAAAACUGCUAAAAAGGUAACCAUGUGACAGUAGAUAUAGUAUAGUAAACAUAGGCAUCCUUUUCACUCACUUCUGCUGAGUGUUGUUUAGAUAUCAAACUUACUGCAUCCAUUCACAUGCACUGCUGUAUGUCCAUCAGUUUGCUCAGUUCUUCUGUGAUUGCUGAGCACAUACGUUCCUGUGACUACUGUUUAGAUAUCAAAACUUUUACCGCAUAGAUUCCCUUUGAAUAUGUACUGCUUCAUUUUACCGAAUGAAAUAACAGCUAUGCAUUUAGCCUCA